UUCGCUGUGUUGGAGAUAGGCCUUUCCUCCCUCCUCAGCCACCCUCCGGGACUGCCCUGCCUGGACCUGCGACCCUGCUGAGGCACUGUUUACUGGAAUUUAUCUUCUCCCACAGGUGACUGACUCCUCUGGGACGACCCCUCAGUGGAAUCGCGUCCGACACGCGAGAGGUGUCCCGAGCCGUGCGGGGCGGAGAUCUAGCGGUGCGUGGCUGGGCCGGCUGGCAUCUUGCCCCCUUCCCCUGUUUAGUGCGGGGGAGAGAGUUACAGGGGACUGAGUUUUCCAGUUGCAGAAUGUGUAAUAUCUUGAAAGGUUGGCAAUGAAUAAACUGGAAUUAAAGGAAGACAAGAUGCUGAAGGUUCAGUUUGUGGGAGAUGAUGAUGUUCUUAAUCACAUUCUUGAUAGAGAAGGAGGAACUAAAUUAAAAAGGGAACGACCCCAGCUUUUGGUCACAAAGAAGAUCAUAAAGAAACCAGAAAGUGAUUUGGAAGAAGAUGAAAAGGAAGUCUUGAAAGAUCAGAACUAUGUGGAUGUUUUAGGAAGAGAUGUUCAAGAAUCCUUGAAAAAUGGCUCUACUCUUGACGGUGGGAAUAAAGUUUAUUCUUUUCAAAAUAGUAAACACUCUGAAAAGAUGACUAAGUUAGCUUCUGAACUAGCAAAAACACCAAGAAAAAGUGUUUCAUUUGAUUUAAAGAGUGAUCCUGAAAUUAUCACAGACAUUCCUCAGAGUAGCAAGGGACAUUCUGCUUCAGAUGAAGUUCGGUCAAAGCAGAAUAAUGACAAAAGUGAAUCGCAGCCAACAACACCUCGUAAUCUAAGGAAAAGAAAUGAUACAGCAUCUCAUUCUGACAGUGAAAGUGAGUAUUCUGCUUCUAACUCAGAGGAUGAUGAAGGGGUUACACAGGAAUACGAAGAGGACACUGGUGAAGUCAUAUUGAAUAAAAAGAUUCACACUCAGAAUAGAGUGGUUCCUACUUCUGUUUGCAACGAAACACGUUCUAAGAAAAUAAAAAGAGAUAAUACAAACGACUUAGUAGAAGAAUAUUUUGAAGCUCAUAGCAGUUCAAAAGUUUUAACCUCCGAUAGAACACUACAGAAAUUAAAGAGGGCUAAACUGGAUCAGCAAACUUUACGUACCUUAUUGAGCAAGGUUCCUCCUUCCUUUUCUGCUGAACUUAAACAACUAAAUCAACGAUAUGAACAAUUAUUUCAUAAAUGGAUGUUGCAGUUACACCUGGGCUUCAAUGUUGUGCUUUAUGGCUUGGGUUCUAAGAGAGAUUUACUAGAAAGAUUUCGGACCACUAUGCUGCAGGAUUCCAUUCAUAUUGUCAUCAAUGGCUUCUUUCCUGGAAUCAGUGUGAAAUCAAUCUUGAAUUCUAUAACAGAAGAAGUCCUUGAUCAUAUAGGUACUUUCCGCAGUGUGCUGGACCAGCUAGAAUGGAUAAUAAACAAAUUUAAAGAAGAUUCUUCUUUAAAACUCUUUCUUCUCAUCCAUAAUUUGGAUAGUCAAACGUUGAGAGGAGACAAAAGCCAGCAAAUUAUUGGACAGUUGUCAUCUUUACAUAACAUAUACCUUAUAGCAUCUAUUGAUCACCUCAAUGCUCCUCUCAUGUGGGAUCAUGCAAAACAGAGUCUUUAUAACUGGCUCUGGUAUGAAACUACUACAUAUAGUCCUUACACUGAAGAAACUUCCUAUGAGAAUUCUCUCCUGGUUAAACAGUCUGGAUCACUACCACUUAGUUCGUUAGUUCAUGUCUUAAGAAGCCUUACCCCUAAUGCAAGGGGGAUUUUCAGGCUACUAAUAAAGUAUCAGCUGGAAAACCAGGAUAACUCUGCUUACAAUGGACUUUCUUUUCAAGAUUUUUACCAGCAGUGUCGCGAGGCAUUUCUUGUGAAUAGUGAUCUUACACUUCGAGCCCAGCUAACUGAAUUUAGGGACCACAAGCUCAUAAAAACAAAGAAGGGAACUGAUGGAGUGGAAUAUUUAUUAAUUCCCGUUGACAAUGGAACGUUGACUGAUUUCCUGGAAAAGGAAGAGGAUGAUUCUUGAAGCUAUCCUGUAUUCUUAAAUUUUCUAUGGAAAGGUUGCCACUGCUCCAAAGUGUUGUGUUUACAGCCAACAUCAGACUAUCUCCUCCAGUAUACAGAAUUUAAGUUGGAUGGAUGAAGAUGUCAUGAAUUAGAAGCUUGAUUGGCCUGGCUGGUGUACCAUCUCUAGUGCUGUACAACGAUCCUCAAAAGAAAAUGUGCCUUUCAUUCAUUACCUCUCUGGAGACUUGUUAGAGUGAAUAGUAUGCUCAGGGACUAUUUGAAAUCAGAUGUUUUUUAAUUGCUUUAUACAAGAUGAUAAUCCUAAUUUUUUGGAGGACUUUUUAGCACUCUUGGAGCUAGUUAUUUGUAAAUGUGCUUGUUCUAGAGUGUGAAGUUAAAAAAAAGAUUGACAUCACAUAAAUCUGCUUUAUUUGCUAUUCUGUGUGUCAGAACUGGUUAGUAUAAUGGAGAAGGCAGAUAACUCUUCCUGUUUUCUGAAACUGCUUCACAAAACACAUGUAAGUUUAUAGCAGAGUAGUUUGAAUCUAGUAUUUUUCCUUUUUUUGGAUUUGGACUACAUACUGGUCUGGGAGAGGGAGGGAGUGUGACACAGUAUUCAGUUGGGAUAGUAAGAAAGCAAAGCAAGUAUGUAGGGCGUAUACCCAGUCAUCCUAGGAACUAGUGCAUAGACAAUAAAUCGUGAAAUUCAGAACCGUUAAUGUCUGUGUCGUCAGCUUCAGAAUACCUGGCCUGGUGAGAGGCCAGGCUAGAGAAUUACAGUUCUGAAUUAUGUUUCAUAUAUGAAAGCAGAAAAACAUUUUUUUCUUGUAUAGUGAUAUACUUUCCUUAAAUAACAAGUAAAUGAGCAUUAUAUUAAUGGCUGCCUUUAAGUUGAUCUUGAUUUCUCUAUUAAGUUGACUAAAAAACUCACUAUAAUUCUUUUUUAAAAUGAUGAUUUCAACCCUCCUAAAUAUUUCUCUGGAAAGAAAGGCUAACUUUGGCCAGUGCAGUCAGCUUAUAGUCUUUCAUGCUCCCUAAAAUAUGUCAUACUUGGAAGUCAAAAUAAAGUAGUUAAAAUAUCAUUGUUGUGAAGUAUGGAGUACAUCACAUUUUUUCUUCAUACUUUGUAUAUUAUUUUUAUGAAACUAUUUCCCAAAAUGCUAAAAAAUAUAUAUUUUUGUGACAUAAAGUCCAUGUAUUAAGGAUUAAGCUGAGAUAUCAAAAUAUUUAAGCAAAUCAUUCAUGAAUAUGAUUCUUCUAAAAAGUUUUUUAAAAUUUGUACCAAAAGGGGUAUUUAAUAAAAAGUGAAUUUCUUUCCUAGUACCCGAUGUAGUUUUUUGUUUUUAGCUUUUUAUCUAUACCUGGUGGUGCAGACCAGCUUACUCCUGGCUCUGUGCUCAGGGAUUAUUCCUUGCAUGCAAGGCAAGUACCCUACCUGCUAUACUAUCUCUUCAGCCCUACUUGAUCCAAUCAGUGGUAUCCUUUCAGAGAUACUUAUGUACAUAUAAGAAUAGUUGUCUUUGUCUUCUUUUAAAAAGACAAAUGAUAGCAUAUACUUGCUGUUUUGCACGUUUCUUUUUUUGCUAUGUCUAGUCUAUAAUAAUGUACUAUGUAAAUACGUGUGUAUGUGUGUGUAUGUGUGUGUGUAUGUUUUUGUGUAUACACACAGAUCCUUUAAGGUCUAAUGUGCAAAAUUUGGAUUUGCUUUUAAUACCUACUGGUUUAUUUUUAUAAUUGUUGUGUCUGCUCUUUUCAAGCAGAAUGUGUCGAUAGUCUUUACUAAUAAUAAAUUAAGCCAAUUUGGAUAUUAUCACUUUUUAAAAUGUACAUUAUGGCUUUAUACUAAAAAUAUUUCAGGAGUGCUUCAUAAAAAUAUAUAAUGCCUCUUACAGAUCUGAUGAAGGUCUUAGCACAAUUAUAUGCUCUUCAGUAGUAUUUCAGAAUCAGUGUUCCUUGAUGCUCAAAUUUUGAGUGUUAUUUACUUCUGUUAAAUUGAACAAACCUGAAAUCUUGACAGAAUUUUCUGGCUGUUCUUAAUAAAAAUGGCAAAAUAAACAGGCUAAAAACAAGUACAGGAUAUAGAACAAACUCAUUACAUUCUACAACUGGUAUAAUAACGAAUUCCUACAUCAGUUCUUAUGAUACUGGGUUGUUCUUAUCAUGUUUGUCAUUUUAGUAGAUAAACAUUUCAUUCAUAACAAAAAUCAGUGAGUUGGGAAUGGCUAAGAGGUCUUGAUUAACUUUAUAUUUUAUAGUUACUAACUGCCCCCUCUCCUCUAGGCUAACUGGAAAGUGGAGCCAGUGGCAUUGUUCAGAAUGUAUUAUCCUGUUAGCCCUGAAUAGCCAUCAGAGAGGAGGGUCAUGAGAAUCUGCCUAACCAGUGUGUAUGCUCCUACAUACCUUUAGGGUGAAUAGUUAUGUCAGUGACUUUGUGCUGGGGCCUUUUGUAAUUUUUGUAAUUACUUGAUUUCUUCCUUAGGAGUCUCUCACAUUUGAUUUUUGGAAUUGCUGUUAAAUUAUUUCAUUCAUGUUUGUUGACCUUUUACUACAUAGGCUUUGUGAUAGUCAGUUGUGAGGACAUGAUGAUAAAAUAUAAAGGUUUAAUUAACAUUAUAGUAUCAUGAAUGUGUUGAAUAAAGUAAAUUUAAAAUAUCA